UUGUUACAUAAAAACUGUAAUCAUGGAUGGAUCCUAAGUCGUGAUAAUUCAGUAUGAGGGCAGCGAUGGUUUGAAAUACUCGUGUGUGUAUUUUAUAACGAUAUCUCUUGGACGAACGUUGACACGCAAAGGCAAAAUGACUUCGAUUCCAACCGAAUCGCUGGCGGAGUACAUCGUGGUGGAGUACCGAUGGGUGAUCGUGAUCCUGGCGCUGCUGCCGCUUUCUUUGGCCUGGAAGGUGUGGUCCACCCUCAGGAACUACGUGGUCUUCAAGAUGAACAGCGCCCCGAAGAUGCACGAUAAGAAAGUCAAGAGUGUGCAGAAACAGAUCAAAGCCUGGCUCUCAGGCGAUCGCAGCACGCAGCUGUGUACAGCUCGACCCACGUGGCAGACCAUGUCCUUCCGGCAGGGCGUCUACAAGAAGACAUUCACCAACAUCAACAUCAAUCUCGUCGAUGUGCUGGAGGUCGACACCAAAAACAUGACUGUCCGCUGCGAGCCUCUAGUGACCAUGGGCCAGCUGUCCCGAAGCUUGGAGCCCCUGGGCCUGGCCUUGGCGGUGGUUCCUGAGUUAGACCAGCUGACCGUGGGCGGGCUCGUCAUGGGCACCGGCGUGGAGACCUCCUCGCACGUCUACGGGCUGUUCCAGCACAUCUGCCUGCAGUAUGAACUGGUGCUGGCUGAUGGAUCAGUUGUCACUUGUAGCAAGGAUGAAAACCCAGAUCUUUUCUAUGCUGUUCCAUGGUCUUAUGGUACUUUAGGGUUCCUCACUUCAGUUGUCAUCAAAGUAGUUCCAGCUAAAAAAUACGUUCGUCUCGAAUACCACCCUUACACCAAUCUGGCGGAGCUAUCACAGCGGUUCAGCAAAGAGUCUCUGGCACAGAAGCCUCACCAGUUCAUCGAAGCCCUAGUCUACACCAAAAACACGGGGGUAGUCAUGCUGGGCGACAUGGUGGACGACGUCGGCUCUGAUGGGAAGUUUAACCCGAUCGGGAAAUGGUACUCCGAGUGGUUCUACCUGCAAGUUGAGAAGCAUCUGAAAAGCUACAUGAAUGGCAGCAACAAGACAUCCGUGGAGUAUAUCCCACUGAGAGACUACUACCAUAGACACACUAGGAGUCUCUUCUGGGAGUUGAAGGACAUAGUUCCCUUUGGCAACAACGUGAUCUUCCGCUACCUGUUCGGCUGGCUGAUGCCGCCCGAGGUGGCGCUGCUGAAGCUGACGCAGCCCGAGGCCGUCACCAAGCUGUACAACAAGGCGCACGUCAUCCAGGACAUGCUGGUGCCCAUCGAGUGCCUGGAGAAGGCGGUGCUGAAGUUCCACGAGGAGAUUGAGGUGUACCCCAUCUGGCUGUGCCCGUUCAAGGUGUUCAACGACCCUGGCCAGCUGCGGGUGAAGUCGGGGGAUUGGCAGAUGUUUGUUGACAUCGGCGUCUACGGCGUGCCCAAAGCGAAAGGAUAUGAGACGGUGCCAUCAACUCGCCGCAUCGAAAGCUUCGUGAGCGAGCACAGUGGCUUCCAGAUGUUAUACGCUGAUACGUACACCACCCGCGAAGAGUUCCGCCAGAUGUUCGACCACACGCUCUACGACAAAGUGAGGGACAGCCUGCCGCACUGCAAGGAGGCCUUCCCAGAGAUCUAUGGAAAAGUUAAUAGGAGUGUUAGGAAAUAGUCUUAGAAAUAAACACUUUAUUACUUUACUUUAUCAUUCAAUCAUUCGGUGCCUUCUUAUAUAAGUAGUAUUAUUAAAAAGAAUAUAAAUACGUAAACCACCCGCGAAGAGUUCCGCCAGAUGUUCGACCACACGCUCUACGACAAAGUGAGGGACAGCCUGCCGCACUGCAAGGAGGCCUUCCCAGAGAUCUAUGGGAAAGUUAAUAGGAGUGUUAGGAAAUAGUCUUAGAAAUAAAUACUUUAUUACUUUACUUAUCAUCAUUCAGUCAUUUGGUGCUUUCUUAGUAUUAUUAUAAAGAAAUAUAAAUACGUACACCACCUGCGAAGAGUUCCGCCAGAUGUUCGACCACACGCUCUACGACAAAGUGAGGGACAGCCUGCCGCACUGCAAGGAGGCCUUCCCAGAGAUCUAUGGCAAAGUUAAUAGGAGUGUUAGGAAAUAGUCUUAGAAAUAAAUACUUUAUUACUUUACUUAUCAUCAUUCAGUCAUUUGGUGCUUUCUUAGUAUUAUUAUAAAGAAAUAUAAAUACGUACACCACCUGCGAAGAGUUCCGCCAGAUGUUCGACCACACGCUCUACGACAAAGUGAGGGACAGCCUGCCGCACUGCAAGGAGGCCUUCCCAGAGAUCUAUGGCAAAGUUAAUAGGAGUGUUAGGAAAUAAGUCUUAGAAAUAAAUACUUUAUUACUUUACUUUAUCAUUCAAUCAUUCGGUGCCUUCUUAUAUAGUAUUAUUAAAAAGAAUAAAUACGUAAACCACCCGCGAAGAGUUCCGCCAGAUGUUCGACCACACGCUCUACGACAAAGUGAGGGACAGCCUGCCGCACUGCAAGGAGGCCUUCCCAGAGAUCUAUGGAAAAGGUAAUAGGAGUGUUAGGAAAUAAGUCUUAGAAAUAAAUACUUUAUUACUUUACUUUAUCAUUCAAUCCUCUGGUGCCUUCUUAGUACCUAUUAUUAUAAAGAAAAGAUAGCUGACACGUACUUAUUACACCCGCGAAGAGUUCCGCCAGAUGUUCGACCACACGCUCUACGACAAAGUGAGGGACAGCCUGCCGCACUGCAAGGAGGCCUUCCCAGAGAUCUAUGGCAAAGUUAAUAGGAGUGUUAGGAAAUAGUCUUAGAAAUAAACACUUUAUUACUUUA